UGUCAUAUUCUCGGUAGGAGAAGAUCACGAAAGGGCAACCCAGAGGUGGUUUGCGCCUUUUCACUGGGUAAGAACAAGGAGAAGUGGAAGAAGAAGAUCUCACCUUGCUCGGGCUGCAGGGUUCCACCGGCGGUGCUACGAGUCGCAUUCUCUGCACUUCUCGUUCGUGACGUCGGCUCGUUCUUUAGCUAUACACUGUCGCUGCUUCUGGCGUUCCGUCUCAGGCUGACUGCGACACAAGCAUGGCGACACUCGGCGAAGGAAAAGCCGGCCCGUCAUCGGCUGGAGGCACGUGGCAUCCGUCGGCGCCUGCGACUCAUGUGUCUAAGCAAAACAAGGACAAGAAGUCUGGGCAUCGUCAUCGAAGUAACCACCACAGGGACGAAGGAAGCCAAGACAGCAGCUCCAAGAUCGUACAGGAUAAAUUGGAGGGGAGUGAUACCAGCAAGCAAUCGGUCGCCUCGUUCCGCGGUGGUCGCAGGAGGAAGAGCUAUGCCCUCGACGCCGACUUAAGCAGGCUCUCAAAAAGAAGCGUCGACUGCGAGAACGCGGUUCGAGUGACGCACGUGCUGGAGCGGUCACGCCGCACCCACAAGUCCCCGCGCGUCGGCUUUGUGCUGCUGCUGUUCUUCGCGCUGCUCUUCGUGGCGCUCUUCCUGCUCGCGCUGUUCGUGAAGAAGCAAGAAGGCCGCGAGCCGACGAGCACGUGCAGCAGUCGGGCGUGCUUCCACCACGGCCAGGUGCUGCGCGACGCGCUCAACCUGUCCGCCGACCCAUGCGACGACUUCCACGCAUUCGUCUGCGGCUCCUGGGAGCGCCGGCUCAACGAAGGGCCCGCCAGCGCCGCGCCCGCGUACCAGGACCGCCUGAUGGUGGCAUUCGCAGAAAGGGCAAUCGACGAACUACAGUCGAACCUGGUGAAGCUCGAAGGAUCCGCUUCAGAAGAUGCGAACCAAACUAUGCAUCUGGCCGCGCGAUUCUUCAGGAGUUGCACCAGGUCCGAUGACAGCGAAAGCGCCGUCUCCGCGAGCUCCACCACCUCCAAGAUGAAGCUUCAGCUAUUCAGGGAGCUGCGCAUGAGGAUGCGGCUUCCGUGGCCCGAACUCACACCUCCCACGACCAUCGAGCCGCUGGACGUCAUGCUCGACUUGGCCAUCAACUGGAACGAGAACUUCCUCUUCGACGCCCAGCUCGUGAACGUGAGUGGUCGGCCCGUAACGCUGUUUCUGAGUCGCGGGAAGCCUCUGACCGGCUGGGUGCACUACGAAGAGCCCGCCAACUACGAGGGUCACGUCCAAGACUACGUAGGGUACAUGGGUCUGAGCGAGGCUGCCGGUGGCAACGAAGCCCACCCGCACCUCCUCAGGAAUUUGACUCGCGAUAUGCUCAAUGUCAAGAGAGACGGCGCGAAGGGCGAGGCAAGCCAAACUUGGUUCCGGCUAGACCUGUUCGACAAUCCGACGCCGUGGGUUGAUGCCGGCGUCUGGCUCAGCUUGCUCAACAAACAUUUCUCUCCAGACCUGAGUUGGUCCUCCGACCAUUUGGUCGUGGUAGAAGACGCCGGGCUCGUUCGAGGCAUCCAAAAGCUGUUGAAGAAGUACAGCAAGAGGCAGUUCUUGAUCGGCUUGUCGUGGCUGUUUGUACAGACGCACCUGUGGGCUAUCCUCGACCUUCCGCAACUGAGGUUCCACAGCGGCGCGAGCGACGACCUCACCUUGUUCGCGACGUUGAAGAACUACAGCUGCCUCGAGUACGUCCAGUCUCGGCUCGGAUCACUGCUUCCUUUCGGCGAGACAAUCAACAGCCUGCCGUCGAAUUCGCCGGAAUUGUUCGAGGUAGUCGUCAAGUCGGCGACCUCGCUCCUCGACCAGCUUGCAUGGAUCGGGAACGCUCGACACGCCGCGCUGCAAAAGACCAAGUACAUGACGAGCAGUUCUCUCCCGCGGCCGGCCUUCUUCGACUUGGAGAGGCGCGAGCAGCUGUUCGACACGUUCCCGCGUAUGGGCGCCGACUUCACCGUCAACUUCGUCCACGCCUCGCACUGGUACCAGGCGACGCGCAAGCAUCGGAACCGCCUGGGCUUGUACGGUCUACGCACAUCGGCUGGCUACGCGCGCCCUUUCUACGUCUACGCCCUCAACAGCGUACGCUUCCCGAUGACCAUGUUGCAGCCGCCGCUCUACUACAAUUUGAGCGACAUGGUCGUGCUCAACGCCGGCGCGGGCUCCGUCCUGGCGCGCGAGGUUGCCCGCGCGUUCGACCGCAAGGGCGUCGCGCUGGACGAAGAAGGGCGCGGCGCGCUGUGGUGGGGGCCGAACCGGUCGCGCGACUACCGCGAACGCCUCGCGUGCGACAUGAACGCCAGCGAGUGCUGCUCGUUCAUGCAGCUGUUUCCCUCGGUGCCGGGACUCGAGAUUGCCUACCACGCGUUCGAGUUGUACGCCGAGCACGACCAGAGACUGCCCGGUCUCGAGAAGGUCACCCACGACCAGCUGUUUUUCAUCAACUACUGCUACGUUCAGUGUGCCGGCAGCCGAGCCAACUACGGGGACAGUUGCAACGUGCCGCUCAGGAACUUUGCACCCUUCGGGAAGGCAUUCAAGUGCAGCGCCGGUUCGCGAAUGAGCCCGCGGCCAGCGCAUCCCGCUGGUGGCCGCAACCAGGAGCCGCAGUCAACGGCGAGGACCAACAAGCCGCGCGCCGGCGGUCCGGGAAUCAUGACCAACAACAACAACGGCAACAACGGCAAUGGCAAAUGCAACCAGGACGACAAAGACAACGAUGAGAAGCAACAGAAGACGAAGUAG